GCCCAAUCAAACAACCUACCUUCACCGAGUCAUCAAGACCAACUUCACUGUUUUCACAUAGCUCUGCACACAAUAACCACCCACAAACCACCAACAUGUCCAGCGCCAACUUUUCCAACGAGGCCCCUUCCGGCCAAGUCAACGACCCCUCCUACAAGACCAAGGGCACAGAAGCCGUUCCCGUCAUUGACGACAAUGCGCCUGUCGAAGAUGGGCUUCUCCCAGAGGAGGCGGACAGCGAUCGUCAAUUGGCCAAGGAUGACACUGAAGCCAUCGACGAGUCCAACAUCAUCGAGGAGAAGACGAGACACGCCAAGCCCAAGGGAACGUACCGGGAGCCAAGCGAUGAGGAGCUGGGGUUGAACAAACUUGAAUGAGUAGAUGUUCCGUGGUCUCUUGGGGUUUCUCGCAGCCAUGGGAGGUGGUAGACAAACGGAUGACAUGAAGUUAUGAUGGAUUGGUUUGCUUUUCGUUCGGCGUUUCGGGACGGGACUGAUUGAGUUUGGUUGAUGACUGGACUGCAAUCUGUCAGAAUCAACUCUUCUGGGACAUGGAAUGGACCAGGUACUCGCUGGCUACCAGAACUGACCAAAGUUUUGGAUUUAAAAGAAAACCAUGAC